AUGGCUGACCCUCCCCUACCCCCUCCACCUUCUCCGCCCCCUUUCAACGCGUGUCAAGAAGGUCAACCAAAAAACCCUCUUCCUCUUCAGUUACCUACCAAACCCACUGUAAUGACCGCUACUUCUUCUUCUGCUGGCUCUCCAAGCCUCCCUAGUCCGGCGGCAACCGGGAAACAUCCAAUUUAUCGUGGGAUACGGACUCGUAGUGGGAAGUGGGUGUCGGAGAUACGAGAGCCCCGAAAAGCCAAACGUAUUUGGCUUGGAACAUACUCAACGCCGGAGAUGGCUGCUGCUGCGUAUGAUGUGGCUGCUUUAUCACUUAAAGGCAGUGAUGCGGUGUUGAAUUUCCCCGAUUUUGUUGGGAAAUACCCAGUUCCAGGUUUGCCGGAGCCUGCCUUGAUAAGGAGUGCGGCAGCGGCUGCAGCAGAGAUGAUGAAGCCUUCUGCGGAUCAGAGUGUUGUGUUGGUAUCACCUGGUGGCGGAGAUACCGAGCUGCCGGCCGGGAAUGACUUUAUGGAUGAAGAAGCCCUUUUUGGUAUGCCGAAUUUGUUGGCGGAUAUGGCUGAAGGAAUGCUGAUGAGUCCGCCACGGCAGCACAGUACUGAUGAUUUGUCUCCGGGGGAUUCAUCUGAUUGUGAUAAUUUAUGGAGCUACUAG